AUGGGCAAAACCAAAAGCUGCCGCAAGGCGGCACUAAGAUUCGAGGAAAACGAAACCAACAACAAAACGGACAUCGAAAACUCGCUUGACCCAAACACCCAGUCGAAAUACCAAUCUGGUUACCGACGAUUCCAAAAAUUCUGCACCGACGAAAAAUAUAAACUGUACCCCGACGAAACAACCCUCGCUCACUUCGUAUCAUCAGUCUCCAGAGAAUUGCGACCGACGACGCCGUGGACUAAUGACAAAGCCGUAACCCGUAGUGACCGCCGCAGUCAACGGCAACAUAGGGGCGCGAUCAUCGAUCCCCUAACGGAAUGCAAUGACUCAAGCAGUCACCUUCCAAGGUACGGAAUGUCCACGACUUCCAUGCACAAAAUUGCACGUACCACUAACACCAUUCUACGAAUGCGCCCAUGA